AUGCGCUUCAUCCUCCUCCGGGCAGAGCUGCCUGCGGCCUACCUGGCAGCCGUGGACUCCUGGCUCCAUGUCCUGCUACCCAAGAUCAAGCCACGCCUGUACCAGCAUGGGGGGAACAUCAUCAGCGUGCAGGUGGAGAACGCAUACGACGACUACGGGUACCUGCGGCACCUGCUGGGCUCUUUUCGGGCGCUGCUGGGGAGCGAGGUGCUGCUCUUCACCACCGACGGCACGCGGGCAGAGGAGCUCCGCUGCGGGACCCUGCAGGGGCUCUACGCCACCGUUGACUUUGGGCCAGGCUCCAACGUGACGGAGGCAUUUGGUGCCCAGCGCCGGGUGGAGCCGAAGGGGCCCCUGGUGAACUCCGAGUACUACACGGGCUGGCUGGACUACUGGGGGGAGGCACAUGCCAGCACCAGCUCCGCGCGGGUGGCCCGGGGACUGGAGGACAUCCUCAAGCUCCCAUCGCUUCCCUGGCCAGGUGCUGACUUCAAGGACCAGUACAAACCAGUGACCACCAGCUACGACUAUGAUGCCCCCCUUUCGGAGGCGGGAGACCCCACUGAGAAGCUGUUUGCCAUCCGCACGGUCAUCAGCAAGUUCCAGCCCCUGCCAGUCGGUCCGAUGCCACCCGCCACCCCCAAAUACGCGGUGACCCUGCGGAAGUAUGCCGACCUCCUGGACGUCUUGGAUGUGCUGUGCCCCUCCGGGCCCAUCCAGAGCCAGUUCCCACUCACCUUUGAGGCCGUAAAGCAGGCCCACGGCUUCGUGCUGUACCGCACACGGCUGCCCCGGGACGUGCUGGACCCGGCCACGCUGGGCGCUCCUCCCCACAGCGUCUGCGACCUCGGCUACUUCCAGUGCUCAUGGUGA